UAAUCCCAUUUUAGUUACAUGGGCCAUAAGCCCGAAUGUGGCCCAAAUCAGAACCAGAUGGCAAAAAUACAGGAAAGGCAGUGAUUUCAUCAUAUGACAAGCGAUUGCUGUCGUUGACGCUUAUGCACUUUGCUUGAUCUCUCUGAACCGUUUUCCUACAAAGAUGUCUUCAGCUCAAGAUCCGUUUUAUAUCGUGAAAGAGGAGAUUCAAGAAUCUAUUGAUAAGCUGCUAUCUACUUUUCACCAAUGGGAACGGACUUCUUCUGAUCCAGAAGAGCAAAUGCAUCUUACAAAGGAGCUGCUUGCUAGUUGUGAGAGCAUCGAGUGGCAGGUGGAUGAACUAGAUAAAGCAAUUGGCGUAGCAGCUAGAGAUCCGUCUUGGUAUGGCAUUGAUGAAGGGGAGCUUGAAAAGCGGAGGAGAUGGACUAACACUGCUCGUGUUCAGGUGGGCAAUGUGAAGAAAGCAAUUAAAACUGGAAAGGAGGCGAAUAGCAAUGGGACUACCAGUGUCAAUGGGAUGCGCAGAGAGUUACUGAGGCUGCAAAACACUCAUCAGACAGAUAAAUCCAAUCCUUACACUCAAGAUAAUGAUGAUUUUAUACAAUCAGAAUCAGAUAGACAAUUACUUCUUAUAAAGCAACAGGAUGAGGAGUUAGAUGAGCUUAGUGCAAGUGUGGAGCGUAUUGGAGGUGUUGGGCUUACUAUACACGAAGAACUUCUUGCACAGGAGAAGAUUAUUGAUGAUUUAGGAAAUGAAAUGGACAGUACAUCAAAUCGUCUUGAUUUUGUCCAGAAAAAAGUGGCCAUGGUCAUGAAGAAGGCCAGCGCAAAGGGGCAAAUUAUGAUGAUUUUGUUUUUAGUAAUUCUGUUCAUUAUCUUAUUUGUUCUGGUCUUCCUUACCUAAUCUAUAACUUGGCCAGCUUGGUCCCUACAUGAGAAAGCAUACAUGCAAUGAAAAAUACAGAAGAAAUUAUUGGCUUAAUCUGAUUGCAUCAAGUGAAAGCCCAGGAAUGCUAAACCGUAGUAAGAAUAUGCCCUGUGGAAGCUUUUAUUGGCUUUUGAACUUGUUUUCCUAGUAGAGCUAUAUAAUAUAAUGUAAUGUUGGUUCCUAAAGUUAUUAUCAGUUUGUUUCAUCAUUA